GCCAUAGGAUCUCGACCGCCUUCGCGCCCGCCGCCUCCGAACGGCCACCUCCCGUCGGGGGCGUUUAUUCGUCGCGCUUUGUGAUUGAAAUUCAUCCAAUCGCGGAGCUGAGCGCCUCUGUCGUCCUUCGCCUCCUUUGGCUCCGGCACCGCCCUCCACCGUCGUAACCCUUAACUAAUCUCGCCAUCGCGGUGUCUGCCUACCCUCGCCGUCUUCUUCUCGCCUUUUCGCCGCCGGCCACCGCCCACCCAGAAUCGUACCCUGCCCAGCGGCCCUCUGCCGAUCGAACCAUUGCCCGCACCCGUCCUCCGCCGCCCCCCGGUCCCCUCCUCUUCUGUAACAGGAGGCGGUCCCGCUUCCCGCUCACCUCCACGCGCGUGGCGGUCCUCCGCGCCGGCUGGCCGGCCCACCUCAGCCAACGCCCAACGCCUGUAUAAAGGGCAGGAAAAAAAAUCGACUCCCACACGGAGUCGAAGCUACCAAUUCCCUCCCAGCGCGCGACACCCAAAAGGGCGGGAAAAUUUUCCGCGCACCCGCGCUGCCUUCCCCUGUAUAAAUUCCCCAAUCGCCUCCGCCAUUCUUUCCGGUUCCCCAUUCCCCCAUUCCUCAGUCACCCCCGCCGCCACCGAUCCACCACCGCCUCCAGGCAAAUGGGCUGCAAGGGCAGGAAGGCUAGGGUUUCCCGCGACGCCGACGCCGACGCCGACGGCAGCGAGGAGGAGGGGGCCGCCGCUCCGGCCGCCACCGGGAGCAAGAGCCUCUACGAGAUCUUAGGGGUUGAGAAGACUGCUUCACAACAAGAAAUAAAGAAGGCAUAUUACAAAUUAGCUCUUCGGCUUCACCCAGAUAAGAAUCCUGGUGAUGAGGAAGCCAAAGAAAAGUUUCAGCAGCUGCAGAAGGUGAUUUCCAUUCUUGGAGAUGCAGAAAAGAGGGCGUUAUAUGAUGAGACAGGCAUUGCUGAUGAUGAUGCACUGGUUGGAGAAGCUGCAGACAAUCUCCAGGAGUACUUCAGAACAAUGUACAAGAAGGUCACUGAGGCUGACAUUGAAGAAUUUGAAGCUAAAUAUAGAGGAUCAGAUUCUGAGAAAAAGGACCUGAAGGAUCUUUAUACAAAAUACAAGGGCAACAUGAACAGGCUUUUCUGCUCAAUGAUUUGCUCAGAACCAAAGCUUGACUCCCACCGUUUCAAGGAUAUAAUCGAUGAGGCAAUUGCUGAAGGUGAGCUGAAAUCAACUAAAGCAUAUGAGAAAUGGGCUAAAAAGAUCUCCGAGAUGGAGCCACCAACAAAUCCGUUAGAGAGGAGAGUCAAGAAAAAGAGGAAAACUGAGGAGAACAAUCUGGUCCUAGCCAUCUCGCAGCGUAGGAUGGAGCGUAAAAACCAGUUCAACUCCAUCCUCUCAUCCAUCAUGUCCAAGUGCGACCCCAAGGCGAGCAGCUCGGAGCCCACAGAAGAGGAGUUUGAGCAGGCGCGGCAGAGGCUGGAGAGCAAGAGGGCCAAGAAACGCAAAUGAUGCUGCUGCCAGUCUCCUUGCCCUGUGCGGCUGUGCGGCCAACAUCUGGUUGUAGCAUCAGGAUGUAGCCAAACUGAUUGCAAAAUACUAGGGUAGAUUACCAUCUGGGUUUCUUUUCUUCGUCUGAGCUAGUGCAGUAGGUUUGUAUGUUUAUCGCCAUUGCCGGGAGGGAAGCUUAGCUGGAAUCUGAAAGUCCGAAUUUCGUAGCAUCUGCAACUGGAUUGGUUAUUUUUGUACUGAGCUGCGUGCAAGUCAUCUGCUGAAUGUCAUGCUUGACUCUGACAACUUGGCCCCACAUGGUCGCCUCAAUGAACAGCAAUUGUGAG